AUGCAGAAAUAUUCAGAUCUACCUGAUAUAGAGCAGGACUCACAGGAGCUUUUUGAAACGUCUGAUAAUGAUAGUGUGAUAGACUUGUCGUUAUCUAAAGAUGAUGUCAUCAAUGUCAAAGAUGAUGAUAUAGUAGAGGAAAGCUUGAACGCUAACUUUGCUAAAGAAAAGUUUCCACAAACAACGAUAUCCGAACAUGGAAAGAUAGACUUUCUGGGGUCAAUCAGCAAUAAAGCAUUCGGACAAACUGGAUAUGUAUUAAUAAGUGGCGAAGAAGAAUCUAGAAAUGAAAAAAUUGCUAGAAUUGCAAGAGAACUUGAAGAAUUGAAAAGUGAUCCGGCAUCAUCUUCGACAGAAAGUCAACAAUUGGAUCGCUUGACUGAGUUACUUGAAUCAAAUACUAAUGCUACUGUUGGAGACUACAAUGAUGAGAAAUUCCAAAGUGUGUUUAAUGCCAUUUCGGAAAAAGUGAAAGUGGAUGAAUCUAUAAGUAAUACAAUUUCUGAGUCGACAUCAUUGGUUGAUACCUCCGAAAUUCUUGAACUAGAAGCAAGACUUGCAAAAGUUGAAAGUUUUGUAGGGUAUGAUUCGAUUAUAGAAAUACAACAUUUGGAACAAACCUCAGAAAGAAGACAAUCUUUAAGUGCAAAGAUAAAUGAUUUACGACUCAAAAUAGGAAUAGUAAAUAAUCCACAAUAUAACAUAAGCAAUAUCAAAGACGAGUUAUCAACUCUUCGACUAGAUAUAGCUAAAUAUGACAAUGAAAGGAAGUUACACGAAGUGAAAGUAAACACAAUUUUAGAGACUCCUGCAGCGAGAGUAGAUGAAAAGCAAAUUAAUGAAUUAUAUCAGAAGCUACCUGAAUUUGAUAAAAUCAAUAAGAUAGUACCGAUGGUGGUAAAUAGAUUGAAAUCAUUAAAUGCAGUUCAUAGUGAUAUUGGAAAUACCGUUCAUGUUGUGAGUCAUUUAGACGAAAUCUUAAAUGAUAUUAAAUCAGAUCUUAAAACAUGGAAUGAACUGAUUAAUACAGUAAAUGCCAAUUUAGAUGCCUAUGCAUCGAAUUUUAUCAAAAAUGAACAAGAAAUUGUGUCACAACUAAAUAGAUUAGAUACCAAGGUUAACGAUCUCUAA